ACAACAGUUACGAUUGAUGUGUAAAGAUCCUCCUCCACCUUUUUAUAUAAUCGUUUCAGAAGAGAGAUAUAGAUGUCAUUUGAAAGGAAGUUUGUUGAGGAAAAAAGAGUUAAAGAAGUUUGAAUUUUGGCACAGAUAG